AUGGUGCUGACGGCCGCCUCCCUCACCUGUGGGAAGGGCCACGCCCUCGUGCACAGGGCCACCCUGACCCUCAGCCUCUUCUUCCUCUGCUUCUACUCAGCCGGCUUGGCAGCUCCUGCCAGGAACUCCCAGGCGGUGGAGCAGCUCAAGGCCACUGGCCGCCACACUGCCUCCCUGUACUCUGGCACCAACACCUCGGCCUUGCCUGGCCAUCACCCGGACACCACCCGGACCCUGGAGCAGUGCCACAACGUGGACUACUGCCCGCUGGCUGCCCGGUGCUGCCGUGCGGGCGUGGACGAGUCAGGCUGGAUCGCGGCCGCCGUGGGCUGGGGCCUGUGGUUCCUCACACUCAUCUUGCUCUGCGUGACGAAGCUGAUGACGUUGUCGCCGGAUGAGCCCAAGAGCCUGCCAGCCUGA